UCGAAAACCACGUGUUGUUGUUUGGGCAUGCCUGUGGUGCUUUCUCGUAGCACUGUGGGAACACUGUAUCCGUAUUUUUAAUCACUUGUGUUAUGAUCAUUAAUUUACGAAUAAAAUCCUCAAAAUGGAUCGAAGACGGAAAAGGUCCAAGCGUAGAUCUGACCAAACUACCUCUGCCGAUACUCAGAGCGCAGAAAAGAUUGAACUUGAUUUAGACAUUCAAGAAGACAAGUAUGACAGCUGUAAUGCGCUUGUACUGCCUUCUAAAAAACGCAAAACGAAGGAAGCUAAGCAGGAAACGUCCCCUCAGAAGAAGGGAAUAAGACUUUCCGCGAAAAAAAGAAAACUACUGGAAAAAGUGAUCAUCAAAAAGAAAAAGAAAUCCAACAGAGCUCAGCUGCUCGAAGACCUACAGAAAAAUCAAGCCUCAGACAAAUUAUUGUCUCUGAUGAUUUCAACAUCUGCCAUGCAAACAAAAGGAUUGAAAAGGUUUUCAGAGCUAGCCUCAACAACACAGCCUGAAGAUAAAACCGUGACAAGGAUAAACAGUAUAAAAGGCAGCAACCCUCUGCCGCGGAAACAGCCACAUAUCCACGGUGAUAACAUGCUUUCUCUCGACCAUCAGACGUCAUCAAGUAGUGACGAAAGUGAACCAGAUGAAGCACCAGAGGAAGAGUCAGGUGCAGGGGAGAAUAAAAAACUUCUCGAAACUUCAAGUGACGCACAGAGAAGGGAGAGUAGCUUGCCCUCUCCACCACUGGAACCUACAACUGUGAUUGCCAAAUGCAGUGACGAUUUCCAGAAGGCAUUGUCAGCACAAACUGAGACCACACAUAAGCCAUCCACGUACAUACCUGUACAGAGGUCACCAGAGAUACAAGCUUCUAGGCUUCAGUUGCCGAUUUUGGCAGAGGAGCAAGUAAUAAUGGAAGCCAUAAAUGAAAAUGAUAUUGUCAUCAUAUGUGGACAGACGGGGUCAGGGAAAACGACUCAAGUUCCUCAGUUCCUCUAUGAAGCCGGCUAUGCAAGUGAAAGCGGCAUUAUCGGAAUCACAGAACCCAGAAGAGUCGCUGCGGUGUCCAUGUCGAAACGAGUGGGAGAAGAAAUGUCUCUUAAACGUGCUGUUUCUUAUCAAAUUCGCUUUGAGGGAAACACGUCUGAAGAGACAAAGAUAAAGUUCAUGACUGAUGGGGUGCUUCUCAAGGAGGUUCAAAAUAAUUUCUUGCUGACAAAAUACUCCGUCGUAAUCAUUGAUGAAGCUCACGAGCGAAGCAUUUAUUCGGACAUUCUGAUUGGCUUGCUUUCGAGGAUUGUACCGCUACGCAGAAAGAGGGGUAAACCGCUGAAGCUGAUUAUCAUGUCAGCGACACUGAGAGUGGAAGAUUUUACCCAAAAUAAACAUCUUUUCAAGGUUUCGCCUCCAGUCAUAAAGGUAGAAACAAGACAACAUCCGGUGACCAUCCACUUCAAUAAAAAGUCCCCCGAGGAUUAUAUCCAGGAAGCAUACAGAAAAGUAUGCAAGAUUCACCAGCAGCUACCAGAAGGAGGCAUCCUGGUAUUUGUUACAGGACAACAAGAAGUAAUAUCACUGUGCCGGAAGUUACAGAAGAGAUAUCCUGUUCCCCAAGGAGUAACCCCUUCAAAGACAGCUAUAUCUUCUAGUGAUGUGGGUGAAGACGUGCAGUUGGAGGAAGAUUCUGCGAUCACUAAUAAGACCAGUACCAAAGAGAAAGGGCGAAUCAACUUAGACAACUACUCAGUUGUUCCACUUGAUGAAGGCCAGCUGGAGGAAAUAGUGAAAGAUGCUGAACCCAACGACGGUGUCUUAUCUUCUGACGACGACGGAGAGGCGGAACCAUUGGCAAAGGGUGCAGUCCACCAGCCCCUCACUGUUCUGCCCCUCUUCUCGUUGCUGCCGUCUGACAAGCAAGCAAAGGUCUUCGAACAUCCCCCCGAAGGGACACGUUUAUGUGUUGUUGCGACUAAUGUUGCCGAAACUUCACUCACUAUACCUAAUGUGAAAUAUGUUGUUGAUACAGGAAAGGUGAAAAUGCGAGUGUAUGAUAAGGUGACUGGCAUUUCGGCCUUCAUGAUAACGUGGGUGUCCAAGGCAUCUGCGGAUCAGAGAGCCGGCAGAGCUGGUAGAACGUGUCCAGGUCAUUGUUACAGGCUAUACUCGUCCGCAGUAUACAAUGACGAGUUUCCAAAGUUCACACCUCCAGAAAUAACUCGGAAGCCCGUCGACGGACUUUUACUGCAAAUGAAGGCGAUGAAUAUAGACAAAGUGGUAAAUUUCCCAUUCCCAUCACCGCCAGACAAAGUGGCACUGCAGGCUGCAGAAAAGAAGCUCAUCCUCAUGGGUGCUUUAACACAACAGCCUAAACCUGCACGUCUUAAGGACUUGCCCAAAUGGGAAUGGAGUUCUAGGGUGACGCCCCUCGGAAGAGCCAUGUCGUGCUUUCCCGUAAGCCCCCGCUAUGCCAAGAUGCUGGCGGUGUCGCACCAGCACAACUUACUUCCUUACACCGUGGCUGUCGUCUCUGCCAUGACGGUCCAGGAGCUUUUCUACGAUCCUGCUGUCUCCGAACAUGGACAAGCACAUGAGAACCACAAAAGAUGGAAGAAGGUGCGCGAGAUGUGGGCAGGGGAGGGGAACUCUCUGGCGUUGGGCGAUAUCAUGGUGCUCCUCAAGGCUGUGGGUGCCAGCGAGUACGUGGGAUGUACGCCACACUUUUGUGAACGCCAUGGCCUCCGCUAUAAAGCUAUGGUAGAGGUCAGAAAGCUGCGCAUCCAGUUGACAAAAGAACUAAAUCUGCUGAUUCCGGAUAUCAAUCUUUCCGUGGACCCGAAGAUGGAUCCACCGUCCGACUUGCAGGCGAAGCUGAUCCGUCAGGUUGUUAUGACGGGCCUCAGUGACCAUGUAGCCAAGAAACUGACAGAUGAUGAACGGCACAGUGAAAAUAAAGAGGUCAUUGCAAGAAAUGCAUACAAGAGCAUUGAAGUGGAUGAUCCCGUUUUUAUCCACCCCAGCUCAGUGUUGAGCACCAAACAGCCCCUCUUUGUGAUGUAUCAGGAAAUCUUCGAGACGACCGUAAUGUCCAUGCGAGUUGUAGCAGAGGUAGACCCAGACUGGCUUCCCGUUUAUGCCCCGAUGCAGUGUGUAUUUUCUGCACCUCUCGAAGACCCGGCUCCAAGAUAUUCUCGGGACGACGACAAAGUGCUCUGUUCUGUGAAGGCCACUUUUGGACCGUACGGUUGGAGCAUGGGCGUCAUAGAAAAGGAGUACCCAGAAGGCCUUGACAGAUAUCGCUGGUUCGCAAGGUAUCUCCUGGAGGGAGCCGUGUUGCCGUUUUUCAACAGUUACAGGAGAUUAUUGCUUUCUCCUCCCGUUACCAUGGUCAAGAGUUGGUCAAGACUACAGCCUCGCACAGAGUCUCUUCUUGGAGCACUGGCGUCCUCUUCGGUGGACAGCAGAGAAAAACUAGUGAUGGCCUGGGAAUGCAACUCUCAGUAUCUGCUAAAGGAAUACCUGGAGUGGGUACAAGAAAGCCUGCACGGCGAGAUUAGUCUCAAGUGGCCACCGACAAAGAAAUAAAAUGUAUAUGGAGACAGGUGUAAAUACAAAGCAGAAUAAAUGACCGCUAUAUAGUGUAAUGACUGUGCA